AUGGCAAUGUUGGUCUUACAGAGGUACAAAUUGCACUACAAGCAUGGAGAAGAACUCGCCCAACCAUAUUUGCAUGAAUUUGAGCAGGUUUUGCUUGAAAGCUGCAAGGAUAAAGAUGUAACAGGCUACCCAAUGCCAAAUCUCAUAUAUGUGUCUAGAGAGAAAAGCAGGACUUCUCCACAUCAAUUUAAAGCUGAAGCCCUUAAUACGCUGCUUCGUGUAUCAGCUGUUAUGACAAAUGGUCCUACAAUUCUAAUCCAAGACUGCGACAUGAUCUCAAAUGACCGCAGAACUCCAUAUAAUGUCCUAUGCUACUUCAUGGACACUUCAAUUAGGCCAAAAUUGGCCUAUGUUCAAUUUCCUCAAUGUUUCAAUGGCCUAAACAAGAAUGACAUCUAUUCAUCCGAGAUGAAACGUUGGUUUCACAUCAACCCAAAGGGGAUGGAUGGAUUAUUAGGCCCUGAUAAUAUGGGGUCUGGAUGCUUUUUCAUGAGAAGAGCUUUCUUUGGUGGUCCAUCAAAGGCAUUUUUUGUACAGCCAGAAUUGCCCCAGCUGAGCCCUGAUCAUGAAGUCAAUAGUUCUAUUAAGUCUAAGCAUAUUUUGGAGCUGGCUGAUCGUUUGGCAGGUUGCAAUUAUGAGAAAGGGACUAAUUGGGGUUCUAAGAUUGGAUUUAGAUAUGGUUCUUUGGUGGAAGACUAUUACACUGGUUAUCAUCUUCAUUCUCAAGGAUGGAUAUCAAUAUUUUGCCAGCCAAAGAGGCCAGCAUUUUUGGGAGAUAUACCAAUUACCCUACUCGAUGUAAUAAACCAACAAAUCCGGUGGGGUGUUGGCCUUCUUGAGGUUGCAUUCUCCAGAUACAGUCCAUUAACUUUUGGCAUGCAAGCUUUGGGGCCCUUGAUGAGUCUUUGUUAUGCAUAUUAUGCUUUUAAUUCCAUUUGGUCAAUUCCGAUCACCACAUAUUCCUUUCUUCCUCAGCUCAUUCUUCUCAACAAAAUCUAUAUAUUUCCUAAGGUCUCCGAUCCAUGGUUUAUCUUGUAUGCUUUCCUAUUUCUUGGGGCAUAUGGACAAGAUUGCAGGUGGUGGAGUGAACAAAGGAUUUGGCUUAUUAGAGGACUCACAAAUGAAUUGUUUGGAAGCCUUGAAUACCUAAUCAAAAUCAUGGGCUUCACCACACAGGGAUUCCAUGUCACAAGCAAACUAGUAGAUGAUGAACAAAGCAAAAGAUAUGAUCGAGGGAUUUUUGAGUUUGGUGUUGCCUCACCUAUUUUUUUGCCAUUAGCAACAGCUGCAAUCAUCAAUUUAGCUGCUCUCCUUCAUGGUACCAUGCAAAUUUUGAAGGGAGAAAACUUUGAUGAUUCUUUUGUGCAGCUGUUUAUAUCUGGUUUUGGUAUGGUAAAUUGCUUGCCAGUUUUUGAAGCCAUGGUUCUGAGAACUGAUAAAGGAAGGAUGCCAAUCAAGACUACACUCAUUUCAAUCAUUUCAGCAUUGGGCCUUUAUAUAGUAGCUUCUUUCAUGCUGAAGAUUUGA